CGCACUGCAUGAUUUUGUUUUAUCACGCUUUCGACAUUGAUAAACCGACGCUAGAAAAUUCACAACCCCUCUGCUACCUUUCCUGAAAUAUACUUUUUGUUGCAUCUGCUUUCCUUGUGAAUAUGGAAGAUUAUGGACAAUAAAAAUGAUAACCGCAUAAACAAUCACAACACAUCCUCUUUCAAUACCUGGCGCUCGCCGCCUUCGCUGCCACAUUCUUCGACGCUCGACAAGACGGAACUUAACAAAUUGCGCAAGAAUCCAAACAGCCAAUGUCAUGGGAUUGACAAGCAUCGCAAGAAUUUGCUGCAGCGACGCAAACAACGACUGGAUGUUCAUAAGCAUCAGUCUUCCCGUAUACCAAUAAAGACGACCAGGAUCCAUGCAAGAAAUGCUAUUCAUAAAGCUACCAGUGAUUUGGCUGAUGCCAUCGCACUCGUCGGGCUGUCGUCGUCGUCGCCGUCAACCUCGUCAAGAGUUACCACUAACAACAGAAGCAAUAGUCGCCAUAGCAACAACAAUAACAACCGUUACCAUGAUAACAAUCUUGUCAUUAAUACUGGGCACAAUACCCUCAGCUUCACGCUUACGAACACCCACUUUAACGCAACGCAAUAUGGUCACUUUGAAAAAGAACAAAAAUGACACUAUGACACUAGC